AUGCAAGCUCUGCGACUCGGUGCCCGGCGACGCGUCUGCCGGCUCAGGACGGACCUCCCGCGACGUGCUCUAUCUACUCUUCCUUCUGGACCUUCGUCUUCGCCUGCUCCUAGCACCUUGCCAUGGUUUGUGGACCAGUCAGACCUUCCAGGAUCCUCGUCACGACAACCCAACGCUACCCAGUCUCCCGCGAGACCCUCACUCCAAGCCCAGCAGCCACCGCUCCCCGCCGACAUCCCGCCAGAGAGUCCCAUCGCUCAGCUCCAUGCCGCCCUGAGCAAAUCACCACAUCUCGAGCCAGGCAUGCUCCGGGUCCGUGAGCCAAUUCCAACAGUGCUGGGCCCGCCCUUGCCGGAUUACCCGGCCAAGGGGCGCCGCAAGCGGGGACGGACGUACGCGGGCGAGGGGGUCUAUGAUUACACAGGCGGCGUCUGGAGUUGGAUAGUGGUAGCGCAGGUGAAGGAAGGUACGGAGAAACGUGGUGCAAUCGAGUCUGUCGUCAGAGUAGUCCGGAAAGUGCUCUUGACUUCUCAGCAGCCUCUACCACUGCCCCCGAACUCGAAGCGACAGGUGAAUGGCGGGUGGGCUAUGAUCGACGCUGGCGAGUUCGCGGUGCACGUCGUGAGCAAGGAAGCGCGAGAGAAGUUCUUCCCGGACGGCAGGCGCGAGUGGUCGCGGUAA